AGGCCAGAGCUACAGUGGAGAGUUGGAGAUCUGAACAGUUUUGCCCUCCAUCAUGUGGUGCAAACAGUCAUUAUGAGGUGUGUGCUCCACCCUGCCAGCAAACCUGCAGUGGUCUCACUCCUCCUGAGGGCUGUGAUGAGAGCGCGGCCUGCAGUGAAGCCUGUGUGUGUGACGAGGGAUUCAUGUUGAGUCAUGACAAGUGUGUGCCUCUGGCAGAGUGUGGCUGUCAGUACAGAGGACAGUAUUAUCAAACUGGACAGGUGUUCUAUCCAGGAGAGUCAUGUAACCUUCGCUGUGUGUGUUCAGAAGGAGGAGAUACACAAUGUGAUUCUAACUUUCAGUGUUCAACCAGCGAGAAGUGUAUUGUGGAAGGGGGUUUUGCCUCCUGUUCUCCCAAAACUAUUGGUUCCUGUUCUGUAAGUGGAGUCAGGACUGUCAGGUCCUUUGAUGGACAGGCAUAUCCUCUGUGGGGCAACUGUUUAUUCACAUUGGCAGGAGUGGAGGAGAAGGACGGAGGUAUGGCAGCCUUCUCUCUAUAUGUACAGCAGAAAACCCAUAAGGAUGGUACCGUCGUUCGCAGUGUGGAGUUGCAGGUCUAUGGCAUGGAAAUCACUAUGGAGACUGGUGUUGUUUGGGAAGUCAAGGUUGAUGACAUCAGAGUCUCCCUUCCUGUGUCUCUGGCUGAUGGAAAAGUGCGAGCACAUCAAAAUGGCAUCAACAUCAUCAUUGAAACUGACUUUAAUCUGAAGCUGAGCUAUGACAGUGUGGCAGGCGUGUUACUACAAAUCCCAUCCACCUUUGGCAGCUCCCUACAUGGUCUCUGUGGAAACUUUAAUGGUAACCUGACUGAUGAUCUGGCAUCAGGAGGUAAGGGUCCAUCAGACACAGCAGCAGUUUGGGUAGUAAAGAAGGAUGACACUCCAUGUGACACACGCUGUGGUGCCAGUUCCUGCCCUGGGCCAGAUGAACAGAAGGUCCCAGAAGCCAAAAAGGCCUGUGACAUCAUCAAAGCUCAGCAAGGCCCAUUUGAAGGUUGCCACUCAACAGUGUCCCCAACUCCUAACUACGAUGCUUGUGUCAGGGAGAUGUCCACGGGAAGAGGGGGUGCUGACGUCCUGUGUCGUCACAUCCAGAAUUAUGUUAUCGCCUGUCAACUAGCUGGCACCAAGAUAAGCAAAUGGAGGAAAGACAGCUUCUGUCCCGUGACAUGUCCAGCAGGAAGUCACUAUGAGCUGUGCUCCUCUUCCUGCUCCUCCACCUGCUUCUCCCUGCAGAGGUCAGAGCCCUGCCCAGUGUGCCAGGAGGGCUGCCAGUGUGAUGACGGCCUCAUGUCUGAUGGAGUCCACUGUGUUCCCGUGGAGAAAUGUGGCUGUGAAGUGGAUGGACAGUAUUAUGGGUCAGGUUCAUCAGUAUUACGGAAGGACUGUUCAGAGUUCUGUGUCUGCCAGUCUGGACAGUUCAGCUGCAAAUCCACAAGUUGCAAAGAGGGAGAGGAGUGUCGCAACAGGGAUGGGACAAUUGGCUGCUACCCCAGAGAUCCUUGUGCUGAAGUUGAGUGCAGGGUAAAAGAACACUGUGAGGUGUCGGAAGGCCAAGGAGUGUGUGUUCCUGAUUCCAAGGCCUUAUGCUGGGCUUUUGGCGACCCACACUACACAACAUUUGAUGGCAGGAGCUUCUCAUUCCAAGGAACCUGCACCUACGUCCUCGUCAACACCACAGGACUUGAUCCCUUCUUACCAGACGUUACUGUGACCACGAAGAAUGAGCUCCGCGGGAACUCUGAAGGCUCCUUUGUGCGUUCAGUCACUGUGGAGAUGUUGGGCCACCAUAUAUCUAUCUCAGCAGCUGACAAAGGAGUCGUAUUGGUGGAUGGUAUUAAGACAGAACUUCCUGUCCUUCUUGAAGAAGGAAGCAUCUCCAUAAUAAAAUCUGGAAUUAGAGGCAUACUCCAGAGUGAUAUCGGUGUUGAAGUCACUUUUGAUUGGUGUACACUUGUCAUGGUGUCCAUCAGCAGCAGUUACUAUGGUAAUGUUGCUGGGCUCUGUGGCAACUACAAUGGCAACAUAGAGGAUGAGCUAACAACCCCCAGAGGCAACACAGCUGUUAAUGUGACAGACUGGGCAGGGUCAUGGAGUAUCGAAGACUACGACCCAUUCUGUUACCAUUACUGUGAGGGCAACUGUCCUCAGUGCUCCGAGGAGAACCGCAUAAGGUACACUGGUCCAGGGUACUGUGGGAUUCUGAGCGAUAAGAAGGGGCCUUUCUCUGGUUGUCAUGCUAGCGUGCCAGCAGCAGAGUUUGUGUCACACUGUUUGUAUGAUGUCUGCAUCAAUGAAGGACGGCAAGAAGUAUUGUGUGAUGCCCUGAGCAGCUACCUGGCAGAAUGCCAGGAAGCUGGAGCAUCAGUGUUGCCAUGGAGACAUCUGACCAACUGCUCUUUUGCAUGUCCAGCCCACAGCCACUACAAGGUGUGUGGCUCGGCCUGUCCAGACAGCUGUGGUCCUAAGCCAGAGGUGUGCCCUAAGGUCUGUGUGGAAGGCUGCUUCUGUGAUCUGGGAUAUGUGAACAGUGGACAAGAGUGUGUUAUCAGCGGGAAGGGCUGUGGCUGUAACCAUAAUGGUCGGUAUUACCUGCCAGGUGAGACGUUCUGGUCCAACUUACUGUGUACAGAGAAGUGUGUGUGUGAUGCAGCGACACAAAAUGUGCAAUGUGAGCAGACCAGGUGUCGAACUGGAGAGCAAUGCAGUGUUGUGGAUGGAGUCCAAGACUGUUACCCAGUCAGCUUUAAGACUUGCACUGCAUAUGGAGAUCCACACUUCCGCUCCUUCGAUGGACGCAAUUUUGACUUCCAGGGCAACUGUGUCUACAGACUAGCCAGUGUGUGUGGAGAUACUACAGGUCUGAAGCACUUUGAGGUAAACCUUGAGAAUAACAACCGUGGCAACAAAAGAGUGUCAUACACUAAAGUGGUGACUGUUAAAGUAUAUGGCAACACAUAUAUACUUUCCGUGUACAACCCAGGCAGAGUGCUGGUUAACGGGCUCCAAAACUUCCUGCCAUUCUCCAGUUCAACCAACAAAUCAGUGGUCAACAUUUAUCGGAAACACAGACUGGCUGUCCUUGAGACAACCUUUAUUAAGGUCUCCUUUGACUUUGCGAGUGCAGUUUGGGUGGAUCUGGCAACUAGUUAUCAAAAUGCAACCUGCGGCCUGUGUGGAAACUUUAAUGAUGACCCGGCUGAUGACCUGAUGUUGCCCAAUGGGAAACUGGCUUCCAGCACCAAUGAGUUUGGAGUGAGCUACUGGCUGGCGGAUGUGGAGGGCUGCUCCCAUGAUUGUAAAGACUGUCCUCCACCGUUCCCCCCUGGCUUCGAGCCACCCAGCUACACAUCAGUCUGUGAUAUCAUAACAGCAAAGGAUGGACCCCUGGCUGACUGUUUAGGCCGUGUAGAUUCCAAGCAGUACCACGAUGACUGUGUCUAUGACAUGAUGCAUAAUAACGGCAAACAGGAAUUAGCCUGUAACAUCAUCAGUGUUUAUGUGGAAGACUGUCAGAGGAAAGGAGGCUGUGUGAGGUCAUGGAGGACGAGGCGCUUCUGCUGGAUGCAGUGUCCAGUCAACAGUAUGUACACAGUCACAGGUUCUGGCUGCCCCAUCACCUGCACCACUCCAUCUGCACCUGUUGAGUGUAAAGCCCCGCCCAGUGAAGGCUGUGUGUGCAACCCUGGUUACCUGCUGAGUCAGGAUCGCUGUGUGCCACUGGCUCAGUGUGGAUGCCAGUACAAAGGUCAGUACUUCAUGUUUGGUGAGGAGUUCUACGCUGACUCGGACUGCCAGCAGCACUGUGUGUGUCAUGGAGGGGUGAUGCACUGCAAGGACAAGCCCUGUGAAAGAGGGCAAAGCUGUGGAGUGCAGAAAGGAGUGAGGGGUUGCUAUGCCAGCCUCAAAAAAGAAUAGAACAGGGACAAACACAUGCAGAACUUCAUCUUCUCUUAAUUAAAUCUAUUUUAAGAAAAUAUACUCAGCAAUACUGUGUUUAUACUGUAAACUUAUGAUUGUUGAUUCUUCUGCAGUAAAAUUCCAACUGUACUCAGGUGCUGAAGGCUACAGAAAAUCGAAAAUCUAGUUUCACAAUUAAAGAUAUAGUUGAAAUGUCAAAAAUCUGAUCUUAAAAGCCUCCUCUUAUUUAAAUGUGUAAUCAAUCAAUCAAUCAAGCAAUCAAUCAAUCAAUCAUCACAUCAUUUUUUGUUCCUUUUGAGAAACUGCCUACAAAAUGUUUUUAAUGUAGUUACAGUUAAUUCUAAGAUGAUGUAUUCUGAAUGUUGUGUGUUACUGCUGUUACAACUAAAACCAUUUUGUUAAUGUACUCUCAGUUACCUAUUUAUUAGGUACACCGAGCUAAUAAUGACAAGCUAAAACUAAUGCAGUCUAAUACAACAAUCCUGCAAUAAAUCCUCUCUCUUUAUUGGAACUUUUUUGGAGAGAUGUUAAUUCAACUGUAUGGUCAUUUUAGAGACUGCAGUGUGUGUGAUGCCGUUGAAUUGUCCUGCAUUAUACUGACUGAUUGAUUAUAUAUCAGUGAGAGGAGGCUAAAUAACACAAACACCCCUUGAUAUAAUACAAUUCAACAGCAGCACAAACUGCAGCCUCCAACAUGAUCAUGAAUUUCAUUAACACACCUCUCUGACUUUGUAACCUUUCUAAAGGAGGAUUAUUUGGCACUAAGUGGAUAGUAUGCAACAAUGAUCAUUUUCUCAUGUCACUGCAUGGUAGAAUCCCCUGAUGAUUGCAAAACAAAUGAAGACUACUUUGUUGUAACUGUGGAGGAUUACAGUAUGCUGUGUUUAUAAGCCACUUUCUUUAGUCUAUUCCUUCCACAUAUCCAAAAGCAUUUCUAAUCAUUAAAAAUAUUUCAGCAACGUCCCCAUCUGUUGUGUCUUUGAUUGUGUGCCUGUUGACCAUUAAAAUAUCGUUUCUUCUCUGUUUAAAAAUGGAAAUGAUACACUGAGAUACUGAUCAUUGAGCAUAACUGUGUCCAUGUUAUGGUGAAGAAACCUGCCUGACUUGAGUAUUACAUGUUACAUCCAUAAACUGUAUAAAAUAAUUUAAGUAGCUACCAUAAUGUCAGUCAUUGCUUUUUGGACUGCCGUUUUGAAGCCUUAACUUCUGUAUUUCGGCCGUUGCUCUCGUUGCGUUGCGUUGCGUUGCUAAAGUGAACAUAUGUGGGUGAGAGGGACUGUUCAUAC